UCGCGCCCAGGACACGGCGGUAGGCCCUGAGCGCGCGGGCGCAGGGCCCGGAGAGGCGCGCGCCGGCCGGGCCGCCGGCCGCAUGGAGCGCAGCGCAGCCCGCGGCUCCGGGGCGGCGCAGGCGGAGGUAGCGGCAGCGACAGCGGUAGCGGCGCGCUCGCUCACACCCACCCCCGCCCGCGGCCGGCGCGCCGCCCCGCCGUAGCCUCCGGCGUCCCCGCGGGCCGGGCCAGCGAAGGCGGCGUCCGCGCUUCUGCCAGCCAGCAGCCGCGGCCAGCCCGGGAGGCCGCCCCGCAGCCCGGCAGCCCCGCAGCCCCGCAGCCGCGCGUCUCCGGGCCCAGCCGCAGCCCGCGAGGAGCCCGGCGCCCCGGCCGGCGAGCCCGGCGCAGGCAUGCAGGCCAGGCGUCUGGCCAAGCGCCCCAGCCUGGGCAGCCGCCGCGGGGGCGCUGCGCCCGCUCCCGCCCCCGAGGCCGCCGCUCUGGGGCUCCCGCCCCCCAGCCCCAGCCCGGCCGCCGCUCCGGGAAGCUGGAGGCCGCCGCUGCCGCCGCCGCCGCCGCCGCCGCGCGGGACCGGCCCCUCGCGCGCAGCCGCCGCCUCGUCGCCGGUCCUGCUGCUGCUGGGAGAGGAGGACGAGGACGAGGAGGGCGCGGGCCGGAGGCGCAGGACGCGCGGGCGGGUAACGGAGAAGCCCCGAGGGGGCGCGGAGGAGGAGGACGACGACGACGAAGAGGACGAAGAGGUGGUUGUCGAGGUGGUGGACGGCGACGAGGACGACGAGGACGCUGAGGAGCGCUUCGUGCCCCUCGGACCCGGCCGUGCGCUUCCCAAGGGCCCGGCCCGGGGCGCGGUGAAGGUGGGGAGUUUUAAGCGGGAGAUGACCUUCACGUUUCAAUCAGAGGACUUCAGACGGGACUCCAGUAAGAAGCUGUCCCAUCACCUGUUCCCACUGGCCAUGGAGGAAGACGUGAGAACAGCAGACACCAAAAAAACCAGUCGGAUCCUUGACCAAGAAAAGGAACCCCGGUCCAUUUGUCUUCUUGAGCAGAAGCGGAAAGUAGUUUCCUCCAACAUUGAUGUCCCUCCUGCAAGAAAAUCUUCAGAGGAACUGGACAUGGACAAGGUGACUGCAGCCAUGGUGCUGACCAGCCUGUCAACCAGCCCUUUGGUCCGAAGCCCCCCUGUGCGGCCUAACGAGGGUCUCAGCGGGUCCUGGAAGGAAGGGGCUCCGUCCAGCAGCAGCAGCAGCGGCUACUGGAGCUGGAGUGCUCCUAGUGACCACUCGAACCCAUCCACGCCCUCGCCACCACUGUCCGCCGACAGCUUCAAGCCCUUCCGAAGCCCUGCCCCGCCCGAUGAUGGCAUUGACGAGGCGGACGCCAGCAGCCUGCUCUUUGACGAGCCCAUUCCCAGGAAGAGAAAGAACUCCAUGAAGGUGAUGUUCAAAUGCCUUUGGAAAAACUGUGGCAAGGUGCUGAACACAGCAGCCGGCAUCCAGAAGCACAUCCGGGCCGUCCACCUCGGGCGAACUGGGGAAUCUGACUGCAGUGAUGGAGAAGAGGACUUCUACUACACCGAGAUCAAGCUCAACACGGACGCGGUGGCUGAAGGGCUCAACAGUGUGGCUCCGGUUUCGCCCUCCCAGUCCCUCGCUUCACCCCCUGCGUUUCCCAUCCCAGACUCCAGCCGAUCAGAAACUUCUUGUGCCAAAACAGACGCUAAGCUGGGGACGCCGCUCAGCCGCUCAGCCCCCACCACCCUCUACCUCGUGCACACUGACCAUGCUUACCAGGCCACGCCCCCGGUGACUAUUCCGGGAUCUGCCAAGUUCACCCCCAAUGGCAGCAGCUUCAGCAUUUCCUGGCAGUCUCCUCCAGUCACUUUCACGGGCGUUCCGGUGUCUCCAACACAUCAUCACGCAGCGGGCUCAGGAGAGCAGAGACCGCACGUCCACACAACCCUGUCCUCCCCGCCCAGAGGGACAGUCACGCUAAGGAAGCCCAGAGGAGAAGGCAAGAAGUGCCGCAAGGUUUAUGGCAUGGAAAACAGGGACAUGUGGUGCACCGCCUGCCGCUGGAAGAAGGCCUGUCAGCGGUUCAUCGACUGAGCCAUUCUCGCCUCUCCUCCAAAGGAAGCUACUCAAGGCCCAGGGAAGGCCCAUCGUGGAAUUCCACGAACGUAAUUCCCUGGUGGAAUUAAAGCAAAAAAAGAGAAGCAAAAAAACAAAAAACAAAAAAAAGACCCCAGCCCUGCGCCGCUCUGAAAAGCUGGCCCGAGCACCAAGGACCUUUUCCGCGAAGGAAAAGCUGCUUCUGUUGCCCGCCGCCGGGUCUUAAAGCUGCUGUGCGGUAGCAGCCUAGCUGGCCAGGCCAUUUCACCCAGAGAGAAGGCAGAUUUUGAUACGCUUUCUGAACUCUGGCAUGUUUUUGAGGGUUUUUGACACGGAAAACAAUACGCCCACAAGCUACGCACGCAGUGUGAGGUAGCAUUGUAUAAAGGAUAGUACCUACCUUGUGACUAGACAUCUCCCUGUUUUCCGUCGGCUCCUUGGAGCAGUCCGGAUCAUGAUGUAUUUCAAGAAAGGGAUUUUCUAUAUCUGUUUUGUUUUCAAGAAGGACCCCAAGUAGAACCAUUGUAAAGAUGUUAGCUUGGAGGCCCUGGGUAACAUAAGGCCAAAGUGACUGGCACAGGGAUUCACUUCAGCCAUCACCUGAGGUCAGGACACAGGAGGCACUGCAGGAAGCAUCUGGGAGUGGUCCUCGGAUCCCAAUGGUGGCACGGCUAAGCCUCUGCCUGCCACGGCCCAGACAAGAGCUGGCUGGCGCUGGUGGCCAUCUGGUAAGCCCUGAUGCUUCGUUCAGGGAUCUCACACACACUGCAGCUCGGAUGGUGUGUCCUGCGUGGUCCGGCCAAGUCGGUAGCCAGGACUCGGGGUUAGGAUCUCGCUCUCCAACUGCGCCCAGGUAGAAAACUCCAGAGCAGCCUGCAGGAUUGCUCCCCGCAGAGCACAGCUGACAUGUCCCUGCCUGUGCGAAAGUCCCACCAGGGCAUCAAGCCAGCUUCCACUGUGAGUGCAUUCUAGAUGCCCUGCUUCACACCCUAGGGAAUCAGUCAGUGGGCUCGGUGACAUAUAUGGACAAUGGAAAGCUAAACUUGGUUGUCUUAUAAAAAUAUUGAAACUAUGAAUUAAAGAUUUGCGUAGAAACUAACUUCCAGGAUGGCCAAAGGCAAAUGCAUCUUGGUACAGGACUCUCCAUUCAGCAGGGCCAAGGCUUAGGCUGGGCAGCAGCUGCUGGAAUGUCUGCGGUGUGGACUUGGCUGUUGGGAGGGUAGAGCUUGGACCAGACGUCAAGCCUUGUCAGGACGCUUAUUCUCUGUCUGCACUGCUUAAGAGAGAGGGGUGUCCUGAACCUGUGCACGGUUAGAGCACCUUACAGAAGCCACUGGGUAGCGACAGGAACAUGGUGUCAGCCAUAUGAAUGUUAAAUGAAAUUGCACAGAGGAAAGCUUAAUAUAUGUUUAAAGAUUGUACAUAGUGCUUUUUUACAGAGAGAAGUCGUGUAGGAAUCAGAGACGCCUCUUUUAUGUAAGGGGUAUAUAUGGAGGUUCUGCAGUGGAACACCCUUAACCGGUGCGUUCAUGUAUUUUGGCAAUUUUAUUUUUUAAAUUCAUGUGGCUUUUCAUCACAGAAAUCGAGGAGAACAGGAAAGAGGUUCUGAUCUUUUCCUUUGGAUACUUAAAAGGAAAACAAAACACUUCCUUCAAGAGAAAAGAGAAAGCUUUAUCUGCUUUCUCCAUAGGUUGAUAAUCACCAUCAGCCCUACCAGCUGUUCCAGAUGUUUUGACCUGCAACCAGGAUGCAGCAUUUUGUUUUUAAAGUCCAGAGCUAGAUUUCUUUCCCCUGGGCAUGUCCUCUCUCCCAUCUCGAUCAUGACACCAAAUGCACCUGACCCGGACCCCUUGAGUUCUCGAAAGCCUUCAUUUCAUCUUACCAGCUCUUGUGCGGCCCCGCCCCGUCUUGCCCCACCCAGGGCCCUGGUCUCCAGGCCAGCCCUAGGCACUAAAUCUUUUCUUAUCUGGCUUCCAAGGUGCAAACCAAUCCUGAGUUUGCCCAUCCCUUGUGGAAGGGUGCAGCCCCAGGGGACCAAAACGCUCUGAAUUGCAACAUAGUUACCGAUUCUAUGAGUUACCUGUUUUAUGCGUUACAUUUUUAAGUAGUUAUUUUGUUAUUUGGGGAACCAAGAAGUGCCAAACGAAGCCUGACGUUUCAUUUCAUGCCGUCUCCAUGAAACUAAGUUCUUUUUGUGUCUUCAUUUUGUGGAGAACCAGAGAAAAGAGUGGAAGAGUUGGCCCUGAAGCUCUGCGCCCCCAGGCUGGCAGCCCUGUGUAUCAAGGAGCUCUGAUGGAAUGCAUUCUUGUCCAUGGAAAUGGCUAAUUCUUCUUCCAUGAUGCCCUUUCUUACGAAAAAGGUUUCUCAUUUCUCCUUGAAAAAGUAUGUCACGGUGCCUGGCAGGACAUUCUCUGGCCAGAUAGAAAGCAAUGUGUGCAACAGGCAAUAGCUUCCAGCCUUAGCCUUCCUGGAAUAUGGACAGUUAGUUUGUGAAAAUCGGUGAGACAACAUGGAGAACCCCCCCCCCCCAGGUAGCACAUGUGUCGAGGGGGCCAUGCAGGAGACCUACGCACUCUGUCUUCUGCUCAUCUUCCUGGGCUGUUCAGCCAGGAAUCGUCCAUGUCUGCUGCAGAUGUCCAAGGCAAGACAGGAGCUGCCCAUCGGGCUCACCUGCCACCUUAGCUCUGGGAACUUAGGUUUUCCGGGUUGGCAAAAGUCAGCGCCAGGAAGAAAACGAUGAGUUUCCAAACCAGAGUGGACCUGCAGUGCCCGUUGAUAGCACCAUGUCCGAGAGGUUCCUUAUGAAGAAACUCCUUGCCUCCUUAUGAAGAAACCAAGCUGCAAACGAAGGUCAUCCGUAGAGGAAAGCCCGGUGUUGGGCUCUCCAAAACCUUCAGAGGUGGGUGUGCUGGAUUUUUUCCAAUUUGAAGCCAAAUUGUUCCCCAUUGCAAUUCAAGACGCAGUGAGUUGGAAUCUGCCUUCUCUGGUACCCGAGAGCGUCACUUUCUUCAGAAGCCCUGGGCUUUAAGUGAACGAGCCCAGCAGAGUCCACUUCAUCUCUCACUUCAGCUGCACUGCAAAACAAAGGUGGCAUUCACUGGAGAAGGUUCUGAGAAAAGAGGUGAGAACUAUGCCCACAAGAAUCUGCCUGGCGGGCAUAGGAGCAGAAUACUGUAAAUACCACUCACUUCCUCAGGGAAACAAGGGCAACGUGGGGAGAGACCUGGAGAACCCCCGAGACCAGGAAGAUCUUUAUCACCUCAAGUCUUUCGUUACGUAAACUCUCAGUAUCAUUUCAAGACAAAUCCGUUUUCCACUGGGCAGGCAGGCAGGCAGGCGACUUCCGGGAGGCGUGUCUCGUUGUAGCUGGCCUGAAGCCAACUGGUGUUUGAGCCACAGGUGAAGAGCCUGCUGGGUGUCCACAGACAUGGUGAGACUUCCUCUGAAUGUAAUUGUGAACAAAAAGCCUUGUAAUCUCCUGGCUUGGGCAACUGUUUAUUAGCGAUCACAGCAUCCUCUAAGUGAGAAGAGGCUGUGAGACGCGGGGUGCUUCAGUGGCAUGGACUCUUACGGACAAGGUCUCAUAUCCGUAGGAUUUCCACCGCCCACACCAGCUGUGGCGCUGACCUGUGUCAGUAAGUGCAGUUGAGUGGAGCCAGCACGGCCCGUGAGUGUGACAGAUAGAAUUGGGAGUGUGGGUCACUUUGAAGGCAUGUUAAGCACAUGAGUCAACUGGCAAUUUUAUUUCUGUAAGAAAGAAACCUAAGCAGCAGCACCCAGGCGCCCCGAGCCUCUUCCCUGUAGGGACUCCUCCGCAUUACAACCAUUUCAUCCUGUCUUUUCUGCAUUGAAAGUAGCCACAUGGGAAGUUAGUAAAUAAAAUGAGGUUAGUAGCAUUUUUAGGUACAAGUUGUCCUGAGUAACUGUACUCCAACAGAGCGAGGAACCAUGGCGUGUAGUCGGGGCUUGCUUCUGAGGACGGACUUGGGGAAGGCCCGUUUCCAAUGAUACACAUGCUUUAAAGAGUGCCCCUGUCACAGGGCCAGGAGACUCAACGGGAAGUGUAUCUCCUGCCCUGUUUUGUAAAUAGCUCCUCUUUUUCCUAAGACAAUCUCAUGUUUUAUAACUUCUGUUGUGUGUGUGUCUGAGAAUCAUGAUGGUAAUGUGUUACGGUAAAUGUACUCUUCCGUAAUAAUUGCAAUUUCAAUUUCCAAAUGGAAGAAAUGUCCUGCUUAGGCUUCUGCAAGAGACAUGACACUUUUAUAAUAAGUUAGUACUUCUCAAGUUUAACAGAACUGGAAAUAUUUUACAAGAUACCGACUUUUAUAAUCACAAAGAACAUGAACACUUUGUGGGAAAUGACCUUGGUUUUAUACAUUGUAGCUUAUUUUUUAAAAUGCAGUAUUUUAACUGGCAGGAAGUGUAGAUGGGACACACAGUUCCUGCUCACCAACCCAAGGGCUAUGCCUCUUUUAAGCAAGUGUUUUGAUGCAUAUCUUUUCAAUUAACCCUCUGAGCAAGGGUAGAAAUGCAGAACAGAUAGAAAGGUCAUUUGCAAGAGAAUCAGUGAAGCAGAAACUAUUCCCUCAUCAUGACCAGUGUGUGUGCAAAGCAUCUCUGACGGGGUUGGGGAGAGCACAUGAAGAUUUACCUUCUAGAUUUCAAACCUAAGAAAAGAUGCUAGCACACAGGCUUCUAGGCCAUGGAAGACAUUUUCCUUUAGUGUGGUAUGAAUUCUCUCACCAGUUUUCACCUAUCAGAAAUCAGAACAACACGCCUGCAUUUAAUAAGCAAACAUCAUUUGGUGGCAAAACCAUAGGAUAUAUGCCCAAAGAACCUUUAAGCAGUCAGCAGUGUGUUUGAUUUUGUUCUUACUGCCACCAACUGAGGAAUUUCCUCAUCAGGACCAUUUGACUUUUGUUUUUCACUAUGAAAACCUCACAGGCACACAAGGCUGUGAGCAGAAAGUGACAGUGCUCCCCUGGGUCGUAAGAAAUGGGAGCACACAAACAGUUGUGAGCAUUGCCAAGGCUAUUUUAAGCUGUUCCACACCCUCAGACCCGCUCACUGUUAAAGAAAACAUCUUCCCAAGAGUUUAUUGACUCAAAAAGCUAGCCCGGCUUAGCCAAGUAUGCAGACAGCUUCAAAACAGAGGCUGAGGCAGGAGGGCUGUACAGCUGUUGCCGAGUCCUGAGCAGGCCAUUCUGCCUUUGGUUCCAUGUAAGGUUUACAGUCUGUUCAACGGGAACUGUAAAGGCACCGUGGGAGGGAACCCCUUGUGCAGCUAGCUCGCACCCAGUGCCUGAGUGGGCUAGCCUGCAGCUAGCUUCUGUUGCCACCCCUUGGAUAGCACCACUGAUGACAUUUGGGUGCCCAGCAAGUUUUCACUGCCACGUGAUUUGAACUGUGCGCAUCUUAGUCCACCUGUGCAUGGAAGUUUUUUUUCCAGAAACUGUACAUUUAGACACCUCAGAACAGCUGGAAAAGGACUGCAGAUGUUCAGGGCAUGUCAGGACCGACAGUGGAAGUGGUGUUGGACUAGGCAGCUGACAUCUACUGAAAAGGAAGGACCCUCACUCAGCUUUGGACAAUCAGGCCAGGGUGCCAGGUCCUAACUGGAGACGUGGCACCACCUGGUGGUUCAGCGCUGACCACUAGCUACGUUCUCAGCCGCACUGCACCAAAGAAAAACUGUAUGGGGCAGAGGCGUCCUGUGGCCACUGUCGUCAGCUGUGGAAAUCAGUUCCACACUCCUUAGCUAACAGGCCCAGAUUCCUCCAUGCACACCUAACACUCGUGUGCUGGCACAGUCUGCACAGCAGACAUUGCAGAAGAGGAGAGAAGCUAUUUCUCCCUUGAGACUAUCCCCACAGAAGACAAAAAUAGAAAUGUCAUCUCUUUAGGUUAGCCCCGCCCCUGAUCAGAAUGCACUGAGUUGUCACCCAGCUCUUGCAAGAGCUGCCUCCUGGCAUACCCAGGCCACAUCCCAAAGUACUGACUAGCUGUAAUCUGACUCUUACUGUGUCUGCUACCGUGACCACUGUGAUGAAGUGCUAGGGGAAGGAAGGAAGGAAGGAAGGAAGGAAGGAAGUCCUGUGCCUUUGUGGAGGCAGCUGUUGCCCUAAGGCUCUGUGGUGGCGGCCUGUGGGACCUCCUAUGCUGGGGUCCGCCCUCUGCCUCUCCCCAAGCCCCCGAGGCCCCCCUCUCUCUCUCUGUUCCACUAUAAAUAUAUGUAAAUGUCACCUCUGAUCAGGCAAGGCCCUGGCUUCAGAGCUAGUAGGCACUUAGGUGUUUUCAGGGGUCCAUUUACCUUAAAGGAAGCUUUUCCACAUAGGAAACCGUAGUCUCUUUCUCGACGAAAUAAAACUGAGGAUAACUUUGUCACAUGAGUGGAGGGGUGCACAGGUUAGAUUUUCAUUGUUCUGAGAAAGUGCAUUAUUUUAAACUCUGCGUUCUAUUGAAGUCGUGAUGUUACAGGGAUAAUUCUAUAUGGUAAAGUGUGUCUUAUUCAGAUGUUAUUUCCUUUGAUCUUCAUAUGAAUCUAGUAUAGAAAACAUCCUGAGGUCACUCCCACAGCCAGGCCAAGACCCUGCCUCAAACCUCUAAGUCAAGUCAGCACCAUCGUUACCUGCAGAGAGGGAGAGAGGCCUGGCCCCACUGUCCUCCAUGGUGACUCAGAGCCAUGGAGUCCCAGGACCCCCCAUGUGCUCAGUCUAGAAUUAAGGAGCACACAUUCCUGUCACUGAGUGCAAAUUUAACCCUCUUCAGAUGUCAUCCUGUGAAAUGGUAAUGAAAUUACCAUUUCAUUAGCUAAAGCAAUAUUCUAAUAAAAAUGUUGACUUCUUAGGAAAAAAAUAGUUUGCUGCCUCUAGCUUUUCCGACUCUGUAAGUUUAAAUUGAUUCUAGAGAGUGGUUAAAAACCAGCUCAAAAUUACAGUUUGUAGCACCAAAUCAAAAAGACCUGUAAGCAUGCUAGGAGUGCCCAGAUCAGUUGUGUAAAUUUGAACGCAAUUUAGAUGAUCCUGGCGAGUUUUGAGAUUGCGUCUAUUAUGGAUGAUUGUAAGGCUGUCCACUAUAUGAAUGCACCCACCCAAGGCUUCCAGGUGCAGGGGAGUGUCCUGAGUUCAGAGGAAAGCACGCACAAGGAAUCUUGUCAUAGGACCAGAAGGAACCCCAGAGAGCCAGGUUGGCCAGUUACGAGUUCACGAGCAGGUAUCUGUUUUAUUAUCAUUGGUGAUGCGACUGUGUUUUAAGUUAUUCAGUGCUGGGAGGCAGAGCUGGUUCGCCCCUUUCUACUCUCACAAAAAGGCAGCCGGUUAUAUGGUGUGUCCUCACUGGCAGUACACAGGAAGGGACUGUCUUAGCAAAAGCAAAACAAGUAACUAGAUUUUGAAGAAUCAGGUUAGAGUCAAAUAGUAGUUUGUUAGUUUGUUCUUUUUUUUGUUUUGUUUUGUUCUUUUUUUUUUUUUUUUUUUUUUGGAUGUUCUUUUUCAGUGGAGAUCAUUGAAUUGUGAACCUCCAAAGAGAAUAACCCUUUUAUGCUACAAGGCCACUACAAGCAAUCCUUAAGACUGUUUAACUAUUUCACUUUUUUAUUACAAUCUCCCCAAAAUUUUCCUUUAAAAAAUUAGCCAAAGCAGAACAUAGGGGUUGCCAGAAGAGGUGUGUUAAAGAAGGAGCCGUUGGGGGACACAGAUGCCUCCCGCCACUUCCGCUUUGUCUCUGCCCGUGACUGAAACAAGCCAACACUCUGGAGAAGACAUAAGGUUAAGAGAGAGUCUGAAAGCAGAGUCCCUGUCUAAAUGCCAUUUCCACCAUCUUGGCAGUGUUGGGUAGACACUUCUUUCCCUUCUUGGUCCUCAUCUCCUCACCCAGAUCCAGAGGUGAGCCAUUAUUACCUGGUUACUUACCGAGUGCCUGCUCUGAAGUCAGCACCCCAGGGUGCGCGUGCUGACCCUGGGGACGCUCAGUUUGCUCAGUGAGUGGCCACAGGCCCUGCAAGAAGAGAUGGUCUCGCUCUCUGUCUGAGCAGAUGUAGCCUCUGGGCUGUGAGGAGAGGCUCUGCAUUGGCACCACCCUGCCACACUCAGCCCACUGAGAAGCACCAGCUACUCCUUUCCAUGUCCCUUCAGGCCCCCAGUGUGGUAACCUAGCCAGAGCUAGAGUCAGCAAGUCACCCAACCUGCGCUGGGGUGGCAGGGAAUCCAUGGCUUCAGGAUUCUAAAUUCUUUCAGGCUCUGCCCUCCCCCGAGCCUGCUCGAUGGGAUUGACCUUCAUCUUGUGAAGAUGGAGUGCGAUUGUUCCUGCUGGAAAGCAAAAGCUAUUCCACCUGCUCACCGUGUCAAACAUUCAUCCCGUGGCCCAGGACAGCCCCAGCCCUCAUCUCAGGCACAGACAAGGCAGAGGAAAGCGGGGGGUCACCGAGGGGGCUUACCGAGCGAGCGGUGUGUGGUUGUUCUUGGGUUUGAGCUACCCGCAAAGAUUCAUCCCUGAAGGGGGCCUAGUUUGGCGGCAGCUGUGACAACCCCUGUAUGACAGCACGGCUUCAACCUCUGGUGUCCCACGGGGGUUGGGGGGAACUGAUCACGGGGAGAAGGCUUCAGAGGAAGUCUAGAUGUUUGAGAAAGCACGUGGCUCUCCGAAGGCAUGCUAUUUCCACGACUUAUGUAACUAAAAUAGGCCCGGGGAUCAUCUGUAGUAUAAACACACCAUCACUCAUGCCUUCCUACAGCACACCCCAAAUUCCUAUUUUUGUAAUUAAUGAGUAGACUGUUAUCAGUCACUUAAACACUUAUAAAUUAACUGGUAUACCCUAGUAUAGUUUCCAAAAUAUAUCGUGUCAUAUAGUCCUAUAUGCGUGGAAGAACUCAGGGGAAGAAAGUAUGUGCUAGGUCCCAAAGGGUUCAAGACUAUCAUCAAAAGCAAACGCCGGGUACACAGGCCACUGCUUGUAAACGAGGAGCUGGGAGGGGGAGACUGGCAGCAGGUCCUCAGCUGCCCUGGUGGUGGGCAGCGGCACGUUCUGCUGUUACAGGUAAGCCAUCUUUUGAAUUUUUCAACACCAAAUCUUAAAGUAUCAAAAGUUACCGAAUGUUAAACGUGGGGUCAUUAGUGGAGAUGCUGCCGUAGGGUGCUUUGCUCACAGGGUCUGAUACCAACAAAAGCCAAACUGAAGUCCAGGAGGUGUCCUCUGGGGACACUGGCCUUGGGGCGGCAAGUGGGAGGAGCGUGGGCAGUGGUGAGCAGGACACCACACCGCAGUGCUAUCCAGCACGCAGCGGUACAAUCAUUCCAUCAUUUCAGGGGUAAGUACUUCCUUACAAAUUCUUUAAUAAUGAAUGAAUGUAUAAAAUUAUAAACUAUGCAUUUUCAAAGAGAAACGUGUAUUUUGUAUCAAAUCCAAGUCCUUUUUUUUUUCACAUAGAGAUUUAUCACGGCUACAGAUUAUUCAAAAUAAAUGAGAAUGCCAAUCCUCAGAAGGGUGUGGGUGCCUUUGUUUCUCACUCUGAAGGUUUCAAGACCAUGCAUCCGGACUUUCGUGUGGAAAGUUAGCCAGUAAAGUAGGCGAGGAGGAUACGCCUUCUCCCAGAGGGGACCGCUCACACACACACACACCGCCCACCACCGCCCACUUCUUAGAGAUGGAUAAUUUAAUAACGCUGCAUUAGCAGGUAAAGGGCCGUGUGUGGCUUAGGGGAAGAGCCUGGUGUGCGGGAAGACCUGGGCUCAGUCUCAGCACCGCAGGCUGGAGUCGUAACAAACAGACAGGCAAAACUGAGGAAAGUUACUGUCGCAUUGGCUGAAGAUGGCCCAGCUUAGGCGGUUGUGGCUAACUGUCAAUCCAACCAUGGGUGAGGAAGAGUUUAGGUUAUAGUUUUCAAAGAACAAAAUAUACAGAUAUUGUCUGACAAGGCAAAUAAUCUUUUUUUCAAAAUUACAUGGAGGUGAUGACUUACAUUUUGAAAAGUCUGUAUAGAAUGUCCCCAGAUGUCCCCAGCUGUGCUGAUAGGGCUUCCCACUGAGCCUGUCCCACUGGUGAUCGAUCAUUCUUUCCCCCUUGGUCAGUGCUUACCGCAGUACCCCAGCUCCGCCCCCCACCGCCCGACAAGGAGGAAAUGAACCCCAUUUCCCUGCUGUUCCGGUUCUCUUUCUGUGUCUGUUGAGGAGGUUUCUUGGCUGUUUAUAAAAUAUGGGGAAACAUUUCUAACCCUGGUAACGUAAGGUCAUACAAGAUACGUUUGCUACCUAAGUGUGAGCUAGAGGGGAGGGCGAUGCGUCUUUUUACAUGAUUUUUAGCCAAAUCCAGAUGUUCUGAUACUACAUUUCUGAAUACUUUUCUAACUGUAAAUACUGCCUGCAGAGGUUCCGGUUGGCCAACCUCUCUGCGACUGUUUCUCAGCCGUGCUCCUCGCGGCUCUCGGCACACUGUACAUAGGCGCGUCGGGUGUUUCAAUGAUGGUGUUUUUCUAAAUGCUGUUCUCUAACACGUUUUUUGAAAGGAGAAUUUUUGUCUCUGUUGUUCUGGACUUUGUGUGUUAGUUUUACAAAAACAUUUCCUAAGAUUUAACACCAGGAAAAAUAUUUUAAAAUAAACUGGUGCUAAUUGAAAAAGAAAAAAAAUUUCAGCUUCAAGAUUUACAAAAGAAAAUGUUCACACCAGUUGACUGCACUUUCCCAAGGGGGUGGCCGCUGUCCACUUACAAUGGGCAUCAAGAGGGCCAACAAAAGUUUACAGUAUUGAUGGCCCAUUGAUGUGUCGUAGAGCAAGGAGUCCUUGUCCCCGAGAGGAGGACUUGCUGGGCAGUCCUCAAAGCAUGUAGUAGGAGGAGGGGUGUAGCGUUAACCCUUUAGAAAUAGUCUUCUGGUCUUUGGACUUUCAUGUUCUGUAAUGCUUAGCUGUAACAAUGAAUAUGCUGUUGUCAACCUAGUCUGACUUCAUCGUCAACCUGUACUGACUCUGUGUAUGGUUUACCCUUGGCUUGCACUGGCACACACCAAGCCAGAACACAAGUCUUUCAGAAAGACCAUUCUGAUUUCUAUGAUGUUCACACACAUGAAUUUAGAUGCACUUGUAACUGGUUAUUACCAUGAAGUAAGUCUAACGUCCACUUAAUAAAAGGUUUUUUGUGUA